AUGGUGUCGGGUCCUGAUGUGAUCACGUAUUUUGGUGUGCCCAUCGCAGUGCUUGGUGUUGCGCCGAUCAUCUACAAUACAUGUUCCACUCUUGUCACUCUAGCUAAAGUCAGGCGUGCGCUUCGCCAUGGUCGCCUUGCUGGAAUCACAAGAGGUGAUAUAGUCAAUCAUGUUAUAGAAGUCGAGCUUCCUCGCUAUACUAUAGCCCCUUUACAUCGAGAAGAACAUAGCGCCGAGUACUGGAGCUUGAGCCGUCACCCAAGUGAGAUACCAGGUGGGACAUGGACAACCUUCAACUGGAAAUGCCAUGCUAUUGGGCUGAAGACCCAGAGGAUUGAUUACGCAGAUCAACUUAGGCAGCCUCAAGCCGAAAUUGGCUUCGAGGAGCUCGUUUCUUUUCUUCUAGAUCUUGGAGGAGUUCCGGACCCUGUGGGAUUCCGUAUGCUGCGAGCGAGCGGUUUAUGGGUGCCGGUAGGAACAGUACUCCUUCGUUCACCAAACGAGGAAGAAGCUGUCUUAUUUGUGGCACCGUUAGAUGAUUCGGACGGGAAUCUCUCCUUGUCUGUCCGAUGGUCUUCCGACUGGGGAAUGAGAGACCCUGCCUCUCUACCUCCAUACUGGGUUCUCAUAAAAGGCGCAGGAGUGACAGUCGAAAGUGUCGAUUCGACCACUAAAAAUGAAACACAGAACAGCGACGAUGUCACUGAGAAAGGGGAAAUGACCGCAGGUGUUGCGGAUCCAGUUGAAAAUCAACCGAAAGAAGAUGAUGAAGUUUGUAAAACAAGCAAGACUGACAAGUACAUUCCCGACGCGGAAGAUGUUACAAUAGAUCUCAGAUGUCAAAUUGGUUCUCUCGGCAUCACGACUGCCAUUCCAGAUAGCUCUGAUUCGGAUCUGUUCGACGAAUUCGACAUACAGCAUUUGGAGGUCAGUGAGGUAUUUCCAAACACAACUGGAACUUGGUUUGCAAGUACCAUCACAGCAUUAGGAACAACCUCGCAAACAGUCCUGUGGAGCUACAAAAUCUCUCCAGAGAUUCUUUCCUUUGCCAAAAAAGACACAAUACCCUGCGGCAUCAUGGUCCUUCUUUCUGUGGUAGCCGAAGACCUAACACCCGAAUGGAGCACACAAUAUAACGACGCCGAAGAGGAACGUGAAGCGUCGUUUCGACAGAUGCGAGAGAAUUCUCGAGCGUUGAUGAAUGAGACAUCUCUUUCACCAGCCGAUCGAGCAAAAGCUGCUGCGGAACGUCAAAUGAGAACCCACGAUCAAUAUGUCGAUAAGAUGAAUGCUAAAAGAAGAAGAGAUGCUCAACGAGCUGAAACAAGAAUCGUCGAAGCGCUUCAAAGUCCGAAAUGGAAUGCUAGUCUUGUGGCUAAUCACUUUCUGGGUUGGCUGAAGGAAAAGGGUCAUGUCCAAGAGAGUCAUGAUCUCAGGAGAGCUGUAGAAGUUACUCUAUGGAGGAUGGUUUGUGAUGCUAGCUAUGCUGCCGAGAUAGGCAGUAUGUUGGACAGUUGGAAGAGACUUGUUGACGACGGAGGGAUGCGGAAAGCUGAUUAUUUGGCUUUGAAGGGAGAUCUUGUUCCUUUUGCUUUUGCGAGUUUGAUGGUUGCUGUUAUUGCGAACUCGGUAACGGCAGCUAGUGGAAGUCUCGCAGUGGACUUACAGGAGUGUGUGAGGGUAUGGAAGAAAGUGAGACUGGGAUGA